AUGAGAGGCGCUACCGUGGCGAUACUCCCAGCAAAUCUCACGUCUGAAGACCACGAACUAGACCUUGGCGUUGACAGCGACUACGAUACAACACCCAUCAAGCCUCUAAUACACACUAAAACUCGAUGGUCCAAGAGCGCUCUCGGAUUCAUCGUCUUCGCCACUCUUGGAAUUGUAACGCUAACAACCGAGAUGCAAGUUCUACCACGUUGGGCCAGCUUGGACCCAAAAUGCAGCCCCGUCACAGUCGACGUCACCACCGUUAACUACCGCUCCAACCACCGAUUCUACGCUAUGAUCAAGGAUAUGAAGGCACUGAGUCCACCAACUUUUCGAGGCAAGCACGAGGCAUUAUGCACCGAUAAAAACAUCGAAGAGCGCAAAUUUCAGUACUGCCUUCCAAUCACGAGCCAGGAGGAUCCAGUCUUCUGUGCUGGCGCAGAUCGGAUCGAUCUACUGGUUCACCAAUCACCACUGACAUUGUGUCGUGCGAGUGUAAUGCACUUGCUAUUAACGGAUGUGUACGAGGAGUUGGAGGCGGCCGGUGUGUCUCCUAGCGUCAAUCUCACCUCGAAGGAAGAAACGACACUAGAUGAAGCUGCCACUACCGCUUCAUUGUCAAUAACCGAGGUUUCUAGCAUCGCCUACAGCAGCGACAUCACUCGAGGUGGUUUGCUAGACGUGAAUCUGCGAAAGAAAGGUUACCAUCUCUUCCUAGACGGCAACGACUGGCGUGUUUGUGUGGCGCCUACACAUCCGCUAGCUUCGCAUCUGUACGAUCCGGAUCGGAAGUUGGUGACCGCAGCAAAUGCCGUCCCACACGUUGAUCUCAUUGUCGCUUCAGCUGAACAGGACACCAGUGUGGUGAUACCAAAUGCGAUUAAGGCACAAGACGAAAGCUGUUCACCCAAUGUGCUGGACGCGAUAGACAUCGAGUACGCGUCCAGUGAUCGAUUCUACACGAUGCUAAAGACGAUGGAAGCGCCCCCACCUCUUGAAUUCCAUGACGAUCACAAGAAACUGUGCAACGAUAAUGCCGUCGACGAAGAAUUUCCGUAUUGCCUCCCCAUAUCUACACGUAGUGAUACUGAGUUUUGUGAGGGUGCAGAUCGCAUUGAUCUGCUCGUCCGACAGUCUCCAUCAACGAUAUGUCUCGAGAGUGUCCUCCACUUACUCGCUGGAGAUAUUUUUGCGGAACUGCAAGCUGCUGGAGGUUCACCGAUAAUUAACCUCGACCAAGAUGGCUCUAGCUGGUUCUUGGUAGAAAAUACCAAUAUCACAUUCAGCGCCGAACACGUCAAUGUAGAUGAGCUAAAACUCGCGCUGCUUCGAAAGGGAUAUCGCCUUUAUAACGAAGACAAUUGGCGCGUAUGUGUCGCUCCAAUUCAUCCGCUAGCUGCGAAUCUCUACAAUCCCGAUCAAGCUAUAUUGGAGAAGUAUACGGGGCCACACUUGGCGAUAGUGCCAAGCAAGGUGGAUGGUAUUAGUGAGUUAACGAUGGUUGAAGCGACCGCUACAACAAAUCCAGAAGACACUGAUAGUGUCAGUGUGAGCGAGAUUGCCCCACAGAUGACAACGCCCACCGUCUCAGUGACCGGAUGCACACCAAACAUGGUCGAUGCUUUUGACGAUGGUUCUGGAGGUGAAUUCUAUUCCAUGAUGAAGAGCACAGGAUCAUUGCCACCUCCAAGAUUUCAUGGCGAACACGAGGUUUUGUGCAAUUCCGACAACCGCAAACACCGCGAAUUCCGCUACUGUUUACCGAUUUCUGGUCGGAAGGACAGCUCGCUCUGCGCCCAUGCCGAUCGCAUGGAUAUACUUCUGCGUCAGUCACCAAAGAAGCGAUGCUUUGCUAGUGUCCUGCACAUGCUAAUGAAAGAUGUUUUCGAGGAGCUGAAGGCGGUUGGAUUCUCUCCGAUCCUGACAUUUGGCACCCUUCUUGGUGCUGUUCGGGACGGUGGGAUAAUCCCGUUCACUGAAGACGUUGACAUUGCAUACAACGGAAGAAUCGUCAACGGAGGAGAGCUGGACGAUCGGCUGUGGCGCAAGGGCUAUCACCUCUUUCAGUAUAACAUUUUUCGCGUUUGUGUAGCCCCAACACACCCAUUGGCGUCUCAGCUCUACGACCCCGAGCACUCGAUCGUCGAAGAAUACGCCGUCCCGUACGUGGAUUUAUACGCCAUGCAACAAAAAUUUGGUACCUCCUGGUCGAUGGAGGAGCUCAAAACUCGGUGGCUAUCCAAUGAUCGAGUCAUGCCGUUUUCACAAGUGACGAUCAAUGGUGAGCAAUUCGACACAAUACAUGAUCCAGCCUUCCUUCUCCUGUCGGAGUACGGGGCUGACUACAUGACCCCGAAACCUCGUGACCGCAGGCUGGCCUGGAAAGCAUUUAGGUGAUAGUAGACUUGAGUUAGGAGUACGCACGCAAUCAUAGAUUACAUGUAUCCGUUC